UACAAUGUUGAUGUUUCUAAUUUGUGCAAUGGACGAUUAUUGUUUAUUAUUACUCGGAAAUUGUUGGUGUCACGCGGUCGACUUUAAAUGAGUUUAUUUUUAAUGACAAAGUGAAAAUGCACGAUAUGUGCUGUACACAAGUGGUUAAGCUGCUCCAGGAGAACGUUUUAUUCGCAAUUGUGAUGGGACGUUUAGUGGGUGAAAAUAUUAUCGAAGUGGUAUAACUUGAAAUGUAAAAUCUAACGGAUCAUAAUUGACAUUCUUACGAACUUUCAUGAAGACAUGAAAGCUCAUGCCAUCACAAUGUGAGAAACCCACGGUCUCCUCGGCCUCUGUGCGUGUCAUUAGUUCGAAUCAUAGAGAGAGGGAGAGAGAACGAAGAAAUAAAAACGAUAAUUGUUGGGGAAUUUUCGCUUUGCGAUGGUGAAGUGCAAAUGCCUCAAGGCUCUCCACGAUAAGGAAUAAGGAAUAAGGAAUGGUGAUGGCGGGCCUUAUUAAUUCCACGUCGACCUUCUUAGGUAGUGCGUACGACUACUACCUCUGGACCCUCUCACUGGCAGACGACAGAACAAGAGGAUGGUUACUAGUAGAUUCUCCCACUCCAACCCUUCUCUACACUAUGGUCUAUUUAUUCAUAGUGUGGGCAGGACCAAAAAUCAUGAAAAAUAGAAAAGCAUUUAAACUGACAUGGCUCCUGGUACCCUACAAUUUCGCCAUGGCGGUCCUCAACGGGUACAUCGCAGUUCAGUUGUUUAUAGCGUCGACUAAAUUGAGGUACAGCUACGUGUGCCAGCCGAUAAGGAAUACGUGGAGAGCCGAGGAGCUUCAGAUCGCCAACGCUGUUUGGUGGUACUACUUCAGUAAACUCCUAGAGUUCUGCGACACCUUCUUCUUUAUAUUGAGAAAGAAGGACAAUCAACUUAGCUUCCUCCAUGUAUAUCACCACUCCACAAUGUUUUCAUUAUGGUGGAUUGGAAUAAAAUGGGUUCCCAGUGGUUCGACGUUCUUACCAGCCAUGGUCAACAGCUUUAUCCACGUGCUCAUGUACUCAUAUUAUGGUCUCGCAGCUUUCGGCCCAUCGGUCGCAAAGUACCUCUGGUGGAAGAAGUACUUGACUAUUCUUCAGCUCAUUCAAUUCACAAGUGCUUUAAUUCUUGGCGUCAAUGGAAUUAGAAAUGGAUGCGAUUUUCCACUUUGGAUGCAAUAUGCUCUCGUCAUUUACAUGGUUUCUUUCAUUGUGCUGUUUGGCAAUUUCUAUGCCAAGGCCUAUAUUGCCAAGGGUAAGCAGGUGUACGCAAACCGACAAAAUGCAGCACUGAAGAAAAAAAAAUUGGCUGACGAAGAGACAACGAGCAAAGUGAAUGGACGACACAACGGUGUAUCCAAUGGCGUUACUUCGAAGAAGAUCCAGUGAAGAAAUAACGUAGUCAUUCUAAGCAUUUUAUUCAUUUGUCAUCAAAAAAGCCUCAAACGAAUCAAGUGACUGAGGUAGCCCGUGGAGACGGCACUUUUUCUUUAUGCUUAUGUUCUUUAUUUUUUUGUCACCGUUGUCUGUUCACCACGAGGGCCCACCGCGCAAGUCAUCCUCGUUCCCAAUGAGUCUACAUUCGAGUCCAGCUCCAAUCAUUUCUGUUUUCCUUAUUUCCUUGUUUUUUUUCUUUCUCCUGGUUUCUGUUUUCUCGUCACCCUGAAGUGAGAAAUAGAAUAAUAGGUUGCAAAAAUUUGUGUAUAUAUUAUGUAGGUAGAGUAUCCGGGGGAGGGAGGUCGAUGAGGGAAAAUUAAACAAACAUGGAGUCAAUUAUUUCUUGCUUCAUGGUGAUAUGUUUUUUCUUGUUUUUACGGCAUGAAGAAUAAAAGAAAUGAUUAAUUUAAGCUCCGCUCGGUAUGAGCGAUUUAGUGGAUGGUUGAAGAAUAAUUUAUUGUCUUAGAUUAAUGCUGAUUUGCGCAGAAAAAAAAAUGAUACAACCGUGAAAUCGAAUCCACUACAGGACGUGGUGAGAGUCGAGUCUGUAUUUAUUACAAAAAAAGCGAAUACCUCGUAAUUUUUUUAUGUCUACUUCAAAAUCAGGUGUUAAGGCGUUUGAGGACAAUGUGUGCUUCUCAUGUCUCACUGCCAUAAUCGAAUUUCCGGAAAUUCAUGAACCAGAGUAGUUGAAAAAUAAUAUUUUGAGGAAUACUUAGAAGAAAACGCCACCAAUGUCUACGUGAUUCAUUAGCGAAAGCUGAAUUGACUCAUCAGGAGCCCCAGUCUUACCCCGAUUUUUCUACGAAAAACAUUAAUUGAAUAAUGAUGAAUAAGGAAUUCACGAAAUGUGUACAAAUACCAGGGACUACAAUAUAAGAUUUCGCAAUGUUCGAUCGUGUAUUGAGUCGCAGUAGAUAAAGACAGUGUGGAUGAAAUCCCAAUAAUCUGCCAUUAAUGGGCACAAAUAAUACAAGUAGAUUGUACAAAUUAGUAUCUUGUCAUGUUUAUUUUCAUUCAGGUAGUUAUAAAAACAUGAUUUUAUCAUUACUUCUGAACAUAAUCUCGGUCAAUUAUCAAAUGAAAAAUGAAACACUUUUAUUGAAUUACUGUCUUGUGUGUAUUUCCACAUAUAUAUUUUUCCAAACUGAAAAUGAAAUCUUAGGCAAUAAAAUAUUGUUAUGUUUAUCAUUGCAAUUGUCGAAUGUA